GCUUUCCCCCGCCUGUCAGCACAUUGCCGUGGUGCGGCGUCCCCUUUGGAGUUGCCGAACUCACUUCUCACUUGUCUUGUGACUUGUCCCCUCCUCCUCCUUCCGCUCCAGCGGCAUCUCUCCAACCAGGCAAUCCUGGAAACCUUCCUGCAAUCCUUCGCAUCCCUCCCAGUUUCUCAGCUCAAUCAGCAAGUUUCCUCCAACACUCCCCUCUGCAGAUUCAUUGUCAGCUUUUUGUUUUAG